CCGCCGCCGCUUCCGGCACACGUGGGGCGCGGGGCACAUGGCGGCGGACAUGUCGCCGGACGAGGAUGUGCAGCGACUGCUGAUCCAGUUCCGGGACGAGGCGGGGGUGUCCCUGGGCUCCCCGUUCGAUGUCCCGGUCACCAUCACCCCGGACAAGCUGCAGCUGGUCUGCAACGCGCUCCUGGAGAAGGAUGAGCCGGUGCCUCUCGCCUUCUUCGUCCACGAUGCCGAGAUCGUGGCGUCGCUGGAGAAGACCCUGGCAGGUCAGACAGUGGAGACAGAGAAGGUCCUGGACAUCAUCUACCAGCCGCAGGCGGUGUUCAGGGUGCGGGCAGUCACCCGCUGCACCAGCUCCCUGGAGGGGCACACGGAGGCCGUCAUCUCCGUUGCCUUCAGCCCCACGGGAAAGUACCUGGCGAGUGGCUCUGGAGACACCACCGUGCGCUUCUGGGACCUCAGCACGGAGACGCCGCAGUUCACGGCCAAAGGUCACCGGCACUGGGUGCUCAGCAUCUCCUGGUCACCUGACGGCAGGAAGCUGGCCUCGGGCUGCAAGAACAGCCAGAUAUUUCUCUGGGACCCAUCCACUGGCAGUCAGAUUGGCCGGGUGCUCUCCGGCCACUCCAAAUGGAUCACAUGCCUGUGCUGGGAACCACUCCACAUAAACCCAGAGUGCCGCUACCUGGCGAGUGCCUCCAAGGAUGGCAGCAUCCGCAUCUGGGACACCCUGAUGGGCAGGUGUGACAAAAUCCUCACGAGCCACACGCAGUCGGUGACCUGUGUGAAGUGGGGGGGUGAUGGCUUGAUCUACUCUGCCUCCCAGGACAGGACUAUCAAAGUCUGGAGGAGCCAGGAUGGGGUGCUGUGCCGCACCCUGCAGGGCCAUGCUCACUGGGUGAACACCAUGGCCCUCAGCACUGACUACGUCCUGCGCACCGGCGCCUUCGAACCCGCUGAGGCCACCAUCAACCCACAGGAUGUGAGCGGCUCCUUGGCAGAACUGAAGGAAAAGGCACAGCAGAGGUAUGACCAAGUCAGGGGCCAGGAAGCAGAAAGACUUGUCUCAGGGUCAGAUGACUUCACUCUGUUUCUUUGGAGACCAGCAGAAGACAAGAAGCCACUGGAGAGAAUGACAGGCCACCAGGCAUUGAUUAAUCAAGUCCUCUUCUCACCAGACACUCGGAUAAUAGCCAGUGCUUCCUUUGACAAGUCCAUAAAGCUCUGGGAUGGUAGGACAGGAAAGUACCUGACAUCUCUGAGAGGACAUGUCUCAGCUGUCUAUCAGAUCUCCUGGUCAGCCGACAGCCGCCUGCUGGUGAGUGGGAGCAGUGACAGCACACUGAAGGUCUGGGAUGCCAAGACAAAGAAACUGGCCAUUGAUCUCCCUGGCCACGCAGACGAGGUGUAUGCAACGGAUUGGAGCCCGGAUGGGCAGAGGGUGGCGAGUGGGGGGAAGGAUAAGUGUCUGAGGAUAUGGCGUCGAUAGGAGCUGCCACAGAAAGCUGCUGGUCCUGUCCUGAGCUGGUCUGUCCUUGGUGGGAUCUGCGGGGUGAUGGACAACAGAGGCUGACCUGAGUGUGACUCCUUGUUCCUGUUGGCUGCUCAUGGACUCUUUCCUUAUAUUUAUUUAAGGAAAUUUUAAUUCUAGUUCUUACUAAGAGCUGUGAUUUGCAGACUGAUUUCUUCUGACCAUUACAGGAGAGAUAGCUCAUCUGCCUCCAUCUCAGCUGGCUUUUUGUUGACACUUCAGCCUUACAGUAGGCUGCUGCCAUGAGAGGGAUGAGUGAAGGGUGGCAGCAGCUCAUGCCCUUUCUUGUUGUUUGAAGAAUCCUGCAAGGAAGAGGUCUGCAGUGGGGACGGAAGGGGUUGUCCUUGUGUGGCCUUCAGAGAGGGAGAGAGGAAGGGGAAAUUCCAGCACAUCAUUACAUUGCAGAACUGUGCUCGACUGCAUGCCUGGGACAAAGAUGUGCUGAGAAUAAGGUCUCAGGGCUUCUCUUUAUUCCAGUAAGGUUUUGCCUUUCCACUCAGCUGAUUUCCCUGUGGGCUGUGCUGAGCAUUAUCUGUUAGUGAUCCUCCACAUCCACAGCAGAUAACUCAUCCACUCAUCUGUUCAGGGUGCAACAGGCAUGGACCUCAAAUCCCUGCGAGAGCUGUGAUGAGUUUUCAGAUCUCAGUGGUUGUUGGAACAUGGGAAAUGAGGCACUUGUACCUCUGAACAGGGGAGAGAGCACCUGUUUCCCUGCCACUGCUGGCUCGCAGGAAAAGAAGGAAGGAAGAGGUGGGGAAGGGAAGAAUGGAACAGGCAUUUCGAGUGGUGUCCCUUGCCCUGGUUACGUGCUCACAGAAGGGCUGAGGCUCUCAUGGUAAAUGGCAACACUUCCAUUGCACAGAGUUGGCUCCUUCUGAAAUUUCUCAAGUGCAGUUACUUGCCCAGUGGGUGAGAGGAUUCACUCCUGUCAAUUUUAUAUUUGUAAGAUUGCUGAUGAGCCUUUUGGUAUGUCAGUUCUGGCCUUCAGCAAUCAGGAGGUGAACAGACCUGGGUUUAGAGUUUUAUUUCCAGGUUGCUUAUGAAACAGUGGAAAUCAAGAUGCUUUUAUUAAUGAGUAGAAAUUACAUCAGAUUUAGUUGCAUCAAAUUAGCAUGAAGGCCAAAACAUUGUCCCUAGCACUGAUACUGCAGUUGCUGCUCAGUGAUUACUACAACUCAGUACAGGAGUUUGGGAGUCAGGUGCUUCCCAGCUGCAGAAGAUGUAUUUAGGAGUUUAUUCCUGCUGGCAGAAGCUUUGGGGAGAAUUAAAGAGGGAAUGGUGCAGUGAUGGCAAUUUGCUUGUCUGCAAGUGUUCAGGUGAGCAAAAGACUGGAACAAAGGGUUAAAUCUUUAUGAUUUCAUAUUAAUGUGACUGAAAACACAAAUUGCAGUUCCUGUUGUUAGUGUCUCUUUCUGCUAUCCAAGUCAGCACCCUCUAUCUUCAUGGAAUCUUUUGGAAAGAACUCAAUAUCCUGUACCUGCUCUUUCAUUAAUGUGCUUCCUCCAGCUGGUUCCUGCUGACAGAGAAGACCAUGUCGU